UCUCUUGCUUUGUUCAUGCUGUGUUUGCUAUGCUCUCUGUCUGAAGCAGCGCCACACUGGAGCACUAAUGAGCAGCAACCCAGCACAGAUCUCCCAUCAGCUGAGGAGCAGCAGCAGCUCUGACAAGCAUCUGAGGCAACCAGAUCCAGCGCUGAUCUGCAGUCAGCGGGGAGGCAGGCGUUAAAAAAAAAAAGAAAGAAAGAAAAAAAUCACUUGACAGCUCUGGGAAAGGCGUGUGUGAGAGGUCGUGAGGUGGCUUCAGAGGCAAAUUAACAGCCAGUCAGUGACACAGCGAGAGCAGAGGAGGCUUCUCGACACUUAGAUUUUGACCCUCGGUGCACUGAGACGGAGGACCUUUACCCUCACAGAGGAACCCAACCAUGGAGGAGAUGCUCACCUGCAGCCGAAGCCCUUUCUCCCAGGUUUUUGGGCGUCAGGGACAGCUCAUGCAAGCCACUGUGCAGUCCUUGAACAGCCUGAACGACCAGAUUGCGAAUUUCAUGGUGCCCGGACCCAAACCCGUGGAGCAGGAGGAGCCUGCCUUCAUUCCACCGGAGAAGGAGACCAUGCAGAAGUCCAUGACCCUGAUGAGGCACCUGCUGGUGGACGCUCAGGCAAAAAUCCUGAAAAUGAUGGAUGACAACAAGCAGUUGGCCCAGCGCAUCGAUGGGGCCAUCCAGUCGGCCAGCCAGGAGGUGACCAACCUGCGGUCAGAACUGAGCGCCACCAGCCGCAGACUGGCCGAGCUGGGGGCCACCGACUCGUCCGCCGCCGCCACGCUCGAGACCCUCCAGCACAAUCACAACGAUCCGUCUCCUCACCAAAGGCAGAAACCGUCGACCACUGACCUCUGUUACAAAACUGAAGUCAGCAGUCUGAUGGACUUUAACUCUCCAGACGCCUCCCUGGACAAAGUCCUGCUGCGUGAGGAGGUGGCCCAGCUCCAGGAGGAGGUGCACCUGCUGCGACAGAUGAAGGACAUGUUGAGUAAAGACCUGGAGGAGACCCAGGGAGGCUGCUCCGCCGACGUCCUCUCCGCCACCGAGCUCCGAGUGCAGCUGGCCCAGAAGGAGCAGGAGCUGGACCGAGCCAAGGAGGCCCUGCAAGCCAUGAAGUCAGACCGUAAGCGUCUCAAGGCGGAGAAGGCAGACCUGGUCAACCAGAUGCAGCAGCUUUAUGCCACACUGGAGAGCCGCGAGGAGCAGCUCCGUGACUUCAUACGCAACUAUGAACAGCACAGAAAAGAGAGCGAGGAUGCGGUGAAGGCGCUGGCCAAGGAGAAGGAUAUGUUGGAGAGGGAGAAGUGGGACCUGCGGCGUCAGACCAAGGAGGCCACGGAGCACACAGGGAUGCUGCGAUCCCAGCUCGACCUCAAGGAAAACCGCAUCAAGGAGCUGGAGGCGGAGCUCGCCAUGAUGAGUAACUGUGUCAAUCAGAGAAUGGAGUUCCGGGUGUUUGAGCGGCUUGUGGACAGGGACUCCUCUCCUAGGGUCAUGGCGGCUAAACAGUCACUAGCCACUCUGACUAAGGACGUGCCCAAGCGUCACUCUUUGGCCAUGCCCACCGAAACGGUUGUCAAUGGCAACAACCAGGAGUGGGUGAUGCAGGCCGACCUCCCGCUGACCGCCGCCAUCCGACAGAGUCAGCAGACCCUGUACGUCCACACGGGCCAUCCCACCGACCGACAAGUGGCGGCGGUGCGGGUGAGCCCCUGCCACUCGCGUCAGCCAUCCAUCAUCUCUGACGCCUCAGCACUGGAGGGAGACCGGUCAUCCACACCCAGCGACAUCAACUCACCACGCCAUAGGACUCACUCCCUCUGCAAUUCCCUAGAAGAUCUGGAGGAGGCGAAGCGUAAGAAGAAGAAAGAGAAGAUGGGCCUGGGCUCACUUUCGCGUGUUUUCGCCCGAGGAAAGCAACGCAAGUCCCUUGACCCUGGUUUGUUUGAUGACUCGGACAGCCUGUCCAGCCCCACCCGCCACAGUCUCAGCCUAUCGGACGGCUCCGAGGACCAGCUGGACCGCCUCCAGCAGGUGGAGCUGGCCAGGACCACGCCCAUGUCCCAGUGGAGGGCGGGGACGGUGCAGGCGUGGCUGGAGGUUGUCAUGGCGAUGCCCAUGUACAUUCGCACCUGCUCAGAAAAUGUCAAGAGCGGAAAGGUUCUACUGGGUCUAACGGAUGAAGAUCUGGAGCUGGGUUUAGGAGUCACCAGUUUAAUGCAUCGCCGUAAACUCCGUCUGGCCAUCGAGGAUUACAGAGAAGCAGAGAACGGCAGAGGGUUGUCCAAAGCUGCAGACAUGGACCAUCACUGGGUCGCUAAAGCCUGGUUAAGUGACGUGGGUUUGCCUCAGUACUCCCAGGCCUUUCACACUCACCUGGUGGACGGGCGGAUGUUGAACUCCCUGACACGCCGCGACCUCGAACGCCACCUGAACAUCACCAAGAAGUUCCACCAGGUCAGCUUACUGUUGGGCAUCGAACUGCUGCACCUGCUCAACUUCGAUAAAGAGGCGAUGCAGGCUCGACGUUUGCAGUGCGAACUCCAGAAUGUGGAUCCGUUGGUUUGGACCUCGCAUCGGGUCAUCAGAUGGGUCAGAGACAUUGACCUCAAGGAGUUUGCUGAAAAUCUGCUAAACAGCGGCGUUCACGGAGCCGUCAUGGUGCUCGAUCCCACUUUUAACACUGAUACCAUGGCAACAACACUCGGUAUCCCCAGCAACAAGCACAUGGUUCGCCGACACUUGAUCGAAGAGAUGAAAACUCUGAUUGGUCCAGCGAGGGUGGAUUCCAAGCAGGAUUAUGAGCGUCUGGGUCUGGGGACACCACCCAGUCUUCUACGGCAGAACUCGCUGAGCAGACAGCCCAGCUCCUCCGGGCGACACACCGACGACGAGGGCUCGCUGAGGAGGAGGGCCGUCAAGCCUCCAUCAGGGUUCAGCCCUAAAGCCCGCAGUGGGCGGGACUUGAGUUGCCAUAGCAGCUACGGAUCACUGCCCCGUGAGGUACGAGACCAGACUCCGCCCAGAUCCGAGGGAAGCCCGAUCCGUGGUUACACCAGCAUUGAGGUCACAAACGUGUGAGGUGAUGAGGGAAGACCUUCAGCCCAUCAAAAUCUACUAUGUGGACAUUUGUGUUCCAUGUGCAACUGAAGACGGAAGUGAUAUUUUUCUAAAAUAUGAGCCUUUAUUGAGCAGAUUGCACUUUUUAGAGCGAAAAUAUUCUAGAAGGAAAGUGGUAUUUUGAAAUUUUUGAGGGAAGAAGAUUCUAUUUCCUAACGCCACACUCUAAAAUUAAAAAAAAAAAAAAAAUGAAAGACUCAAUUUAUAGGAUUAUUUUUCUAUUUCUUUUUGUGUAAUUGGUUCUUUGUAAACCAGGAUCCAGCCUGGUCUUGACCAGCUGUUACACACGAGCCGGUGUUUUUACUGAAGAAAAAGAAAUAUUACAAUAAACAGCUGUUUGUAUUAUACAGGGUACUGGAUGACAAAAGGACAAAAAAAAAAAAAAAAGAUUCAUACAGUGUAAUUUUGUUUUGUUCUGCUCUCUGAAUUACUGCUGUUUGUCAUGCCUUGUCAGUGUAGCUGAGGACAAUAGAAAAGAAAUGAAAAAAAAAAUGAAAAAAAGAUGUUGGCUUCUGUAGUACAUGUUUGAAAGUCAUUUUUCAUCUUGCACAUUUACACUGUUGUGUCUAAACAAAUGUAGCACCUUCUUCUGAUGUUUUAUACAGUGCAGUCGACCGGGAAGAUAAUCUGAACACUACCGACAAAAGAUGACUUAUAGAGCUGAGGUUUGGAGCUGAGAGGAUAUAAAUAUACGAAGAGCUGAGAGGGUUUCUCGAAAUAAAAUAAAGCUCACAUCUUGAA